GGCGUCGGUGAAAAGUAUGAGAGUCGAGAAACUUCACGACUGUAAAUAUUGAAAGAGGAGUGAACAAGCGAAAACUCCCCAGGCUGGUAUAUCCGUACCUAAAAAACAUGCCAAGGAAAAAGCCUUUCAGCAACAAACAGAAGAAAAAGCAGCUCCAGGUGAAACGGGAGAGAAAACGAGGAGAGACAGGCUCUGGCCCCAACAGCCGCAAUGCGAGCACGGAGCGAGGGGCGGAGAGGGACAGAGAGAGACAGUCGGAUACAUCUGACAGCGAGACCACAGAUAUCAGGAGGAUCAACCAGCAGCCCUCUAACAGAGAAGGGAGAUAUGACCCAAACAGGUACCGUCUGCACUUUGAGAAGGAGAGCAAGGAGGAAGUGGAGAGGAGGAAGAAGUUGGCGAGGGAAAGAGUUCUGGAGCAAGUAGCUGAGUCCACUUUGGAGGUCAACAUCAAUGACAUCUACCCUCCAGAGAAAGGGCUAGAUUUCCCUCGGCGACCUUCGUGGCAUUAUGGGAUGUUGCGGGAGGAGCUCCUCAGGAAGGAGGAGAAGUCGUUCAGGGAGUACCUGGAGGCUCUUCACUCUCGUAACCCCCCUGGCACUCUCAGCCACUUUGAACACAACCUUGAGACAUGGAGACAGCUAUGGAGAGUGUUGGAGAUGUCAGAUGUUAUUCUGCUCAUCGUAGACAUCAGGCAUCCAGUCCUUCAGUUCCCCCCAGCUCUGUACCAUUGCAUCACUGGGGAGCUAAAGAAGCAGGUGAUCCUGGUCCUGAACAAGGCGGACCUGUGUCCCGCCCCCCUGGUGCUGGCCUGGAGGCACUACCUCUCCUCUAACUUCCCCCACCUGCACUGUGUCUGCUUCACCUCCCACCCUGGACAGCCCUACACCACAGUGCUUCAGAAGAAGAGGAUGAGGAGGAAGGGAGGGUGGGGCCAGGCUGGAGGGCCAAUACACAUCCUGAGGGCGUGCCAGGAGAUCACUGCUGGGAGAGUGGACCUCAGCAGCUGGGAGCAGAAGAUCCAGAGAGAUGCUGUCGAUGGGGGUCCAGAAGGGGAUCAGGCGGAGGAGGGGGCGGAGUCUGUGCUGAUGGAACACCAGAGCGAUGUCGCUUUGGAAUUGGCCAGCCCCUCCCAGGAGCUUUACAAGGACGGGGUUCUCACGCUAGGCUGUAUUGGGUUUCCCAAUGUGGGGAAGUCUUCUGUUUUGAACAGCCUGGUGGGAAGGAAGGUGGUGAGCGUGUCUCGCACCCCCGGCCACACUAAGUACUUCCAGACAUACUACCUCACCCCCACUGUUAAACUCUGCGACUGUCCCGGGCUCGUCUUCCCCUCACGCGUCGAUAAGCAACUACAGAUCCUGGCUGGUAUAUACCCGGUUUCCCAGCUCCAGGAGCCCUACAGCUCAGUGGGGUAUCUGUGUGAAAGGACCCCUUUCCAGAACCUGCUGAAGCUCAAGCACCCCAGUGAGGGGGAGGUGCCAGGGGAGGCACCAGGGGAGGAGAAGUGGACGGCGUGGGACGUGUGUGAAGCCUGGGCUGAGAGAAGGGGGUACAAAACUGCCAAAGCUGCCAGGAACGACGUGUACAGGGCGGCUAACAGCUUGCUGCGUCUGGCUAUCGACGGAAGGCUCUGCCUGUGUCUCAGACCACCGGGAUACACCGCCCAGAGAGACAAAUGGGAGUCCCACCCCGAUGUGGCAGAAAUCAUCGCCCUCCAGGGGAGACGGGACGAAGAGGGAGCAGGAGACCGAGACGAGGAAGAGGGCGAGUCCAGCUCGGAACCCGAGGAGGAGAGGGACCGGGAUGCGGAUGACGAUGAGGAUGGGGAUGAUGAAGACGACGGCUUUGUGGCACCGGCCAGGAAAGAGCAACCCAAAGCGAACCUGACAGUCAACAUGUUCAGCGUUCUGGGGGAGGGCGAGUGUGACUGAGGGGGGGGAGCGAACAAGGGAAUCCAUUCUGGGUCUCUCUGUCUGGGGCCACCCUCCUCUUCUCUGUAGGCAUUCCUUUGAUCCUCCUGACUGGCAUUCCUUCCUGUCUCCAGCUCACCUGCUUGCUCUGGUUCUGCAUUCUCCUCUCUUCCCUUCCUGCCACUCCCCUCGCACCCGUUAACCUCUUCCUGCCUGAAACGCCUGCCUCCCGUUAGCUUUGGCAUUGUCCCUCUCCAAGUUGCGCGCACGCACACGUGCACACGCACAAAAGCUCUUUCUGGCUGUCUCGCCAAUGAGAAACCCUACACAAAACUGUUACUCGGCAUUUCAAAGAAGGCGUUUGUAUUUCACUCCAUUUUUUUUUUCUUUGAAAGGCUGUUGAAGUAUUACUGUUUAAAUUUUCCCUUUGCACUGUGCCUAAUUAGACAACCAUACACGUGUAUUUGCUCAGUAUUAUUUUAGUUUUUUGUUUUGUGUUUUUUUUCCUACUUGCAUUUUUUUUCCACAUCACUUCCAUAACAGACACAUUCAUGUUAGAAUCAGUAACUGGAUAUCAGACAAUUACUGAUCAUGAACCUCUCAGCUGUGAUGCCAAAGGUCUGU